AUGCCGAAAAAGAGGAAUGAUGCGCAAACAGUCGAAGAACUCAGAAAAAAAACUGCAGAAGAUAUACAGAAAAAGUUGCCUGGUGUAAAAGAAAGGCAAGAUGCUAUCAACGAGAAUCUUCAACGUCUUCAAGAAUUCCGUGACAAUGAGCCAAAUCCACUUGGAAAAGGAAAAGCAAAACAUCUCGCAGCUGUUACAAGUACGCAUCAAGCAGUCGAAACACAACAAGCAGCAAUGCGUAAAAUACUGGAAGAAGUGAGACGUGCUGCUGAAAUGGACUAUAGAUCACAAAUGGAUGGAGAUAUCAGUCGACGAGACUUGAUGGAGUUGAUAAAAAUUCGUGGAGAGCUCCUUCCAUUGUGGAUCAGUCAUGACAGCCCGUUUCCUGGUGAAUAUGUUGGAGCAAUCGCCCCACAAGAUGGUUCGAAACUUAACGAGGGAGAUUCGGUGGCAGCAUUCAACAAAGACGGAAAUUGGAUUCUUGCUGAUAUCAUAUCGUGUCAUUCCAACUCUCGGUAUGAAUGUCGAGAUGUUGAUGAUGACAAAAAGAAAUUGACUGUCUUCUCCCGAAGCCAUCUUCUUCCUCUUCCCAAGUGGAAAGCAAAUCCAGCAUCAGAGAAACAUGCUCUCUUCGCGAAAAAUGCGAUUGUUUUAGCUCUUUAUCCACAAACGACUUGCUUCUACAAAGGAAUAGUGCAUUCACCCCCAGCCGAUUUCCGAGAUCCAUACCAAGUAGCGUUUGAAGACGAUAGUUAUCCUUCCGGUUUUUGCCCUCCGAUGCCUGUUGCCCAAAAAUACGUUGUCGCCUUUAGAGAAGUUGCAGGCCUCACCGCAUCAACAGCUCCGAAAAAAGGAAAUAAGAAAAAGUAA